GUUUGUGCCGAAUAGAUGGUUGAAUGAAGUCAUUCAAAUAAAAGUGUUCCAUUCUUUUAUUCAUAAUUACACCAGCCGACAUCAUUCGGAUUGUUAUAAUCGAAAAGCGGUUACCGAAACUACCUCAUUAUAGUUAAUAUUGGGCUAUUGACAUUUCCAGAAUGAAAAAGAUGUUUAGUCGAAAGGAAACAAGUUCUUCAUUGCGUCCAUCUGCUGUGGCUCCCGCUUAUACCAUCGACAGAUAUUCUUCCUAUUAUCCGAUGAAUCAUAAAAAUCGUGGGAAGGCUAUCAUUUUUACGCACGCGGUGUUUGCUGUACCACAUAUAAAACUUCCCAAUCGCGCAGGUGGUGAAGUGGAUUGUACAACUAUGAAAGAUACACUAGAGCGACUAGGGUUCGAUGUAGAUAUCUAUGAGGACAAACGAUUAGAAGAUAUUCUUCAGAUAACUGAAAAAGUGUCAUCAAUGGAUCAUUCAAACAGUGAUUGCAUCCUAGUUGCGGUUUUAACUCAUGGUGACGAAGGAGAAAUCAUAUACGCCCAUGAUUGUCCAUAUCAGAUUUCCAGCGUUUGGACACAAUUCACGGGAGACCGCUGCCCUUCACUGGUAGGAAAACCUAAAAUCUUCAUCAUACAAGCUUGUCGUGGUAAUGAUUUGGACUGCGGUGUUAAAGUUGAAAAGGAUGGUGUAGCGCGUUACAGUAUUCCAACACAUGCCGAUUUUCUCUUUGCGUUCGCAACUAUUCCUGGUUUCAUGUCGUUUCGCAAUACUAAAAAUGGCUCUUGGUUCAUACGCGAACUGUGUAAUGAACUGAAUGAAAACGGUCAAAAAUACGACAUACUAACACUUCUAACGUUCGUUGUGCAGAAAGUUGCCUAUGGAUAUGAGUCAAUUGCACCGAACACCCCAGAAUUUCACCUCAAAAAGCAAACACCUUGCAUAGUAUCAAUGUUAACAAGGCUUUUGUUAUUUAAUUAUGUUUGAAGUUUAUUCCAAACAUAGUCUUCAGACAAACACCGUACCAGUUAGAUUGUUUUUUUUUUUGCUUUUAUAAGAAAUAAAAAAUGUUAUUAUCUGCCAA